AUGAGUGUAACAAACAGCGACCCAGGUAAUGGCCAGGUUUUAGCAGAUAAUCCAUCUGACCCAGAAAAGAUAAUCUCUAAGGUUAUCAAUUAUGUUUAUUCCCGUUUGAAGUUAGAUAAAAAUAUAGAUGAAUGGACUAAUGAACUGCAAGCGAGAGCCUUUGAAGAACGUUAUGAUAAGAAAAAUUCCCAAUAUUCAGAAAAGGAUCAGAGCUCCUCCAGCAUAAUUAAGUUUUUAAAUAGUACAGUAUCCAAGUUUUCCAAGAAAGGUUCGUCUCAGAUAGCCAAUCACUUAGAACUGUAUGAAUCCACUAUGGAUUCUUUAAAAUUAUUCUCUGAUGCUGACCGGAUUAGGUUCCUUCCAUGGGCAUUUGAUGAUAGAUAUCGUCAUUACUUUACAUCCUUUAAGGAGAGAGGAGUACAAGAUUGGCCAAGUGUUUUGCAUGAGGUUAAAUUGGAAUUCGGACCGUACCGAACCACUACUGCUGCAAAACGGGACAUAUAUAGCCUUACGUGUAGACCCAAUCAGAGUCCCCGUGAAUUCCUCUCUGUCCUCAAAAAUGCCUAUGGGUUGGCAUAUAGAUCCCCAAAUUGGGAAUCUGAAGAAUUCAAGCAGUUAUUCUAUGAUGCUAUGCCAACCCAGAUCAAACUUAACUUAGCCAGAGAUCUGGAUAUUGAUGCUCCCUUGGAUAGGUUGGUGACGGCUGCCACCACGCUGUAUAAUAUCAGUGAGUGCCAUACAACAGGUGAGAGAAGGUUUAAAAAUUCCCCAGAGCAAAAGGUAGCUGAAGCUAAGGUAAACCCUAACUUGGGAUUUGAAAGCCAGCCACGAAGGUUCCCUCAGUCUACAGGACCUUCUCAACAAGCCCAGCAACAACAGGUAGGACCGCCCAAACAGACCAAACCCCAAAAUAAUAAUGGAUCAGAGGGGAAUAAUUCAGGUAAUGGGAAGUCUAACUACCGUCCCUAUUACAAUAACAUUCCCCAGGGAUAUAGGCCCUAUAACAAUCGAGUUUAUCAGGGUUAUAGACGUUGGGAUAAUAGGCCCAGACAACAGAGGGAAGAUAGGCAGGAAUCUUUGAAUUCACCCAGGAGUAGGUCACCUACCAAUAGCCAGGGUGCCCAACAAAGCCAAAAUGUGCCCAAACCAAACAGUCUUAUCAUUUAUUGGAAGAAGGUAAGAGGUCAUUCAAAGUAUCCAGGCAUGGAUAAAGAGGGGAAUGACCUAGCGGAUUCCCUUGCCAAGCAAGCAGCCAUUGACGGAGAAGUCUUUGAUGUUGACGACCUCAUGGGAACUAUCCAAGUGGAUGCUAUGACAAGAAGUCAGGCCCAAAAGGGAGCUGAAGCCAAUGUGGCACAGUGGGGCCAAGAUUCCCCUAGUGAAGAUCUCAUUGCGAGCCAAAAGGGGGAUCCGAUUAUUGGUCUCUUUUAUAAGUACAUUGAGGAUCCACACAACUGUCCCAUAACCACAGAAGACUGUAGGGAUAAGGAGGAGUUACGGAUUUUGAUGAAAGGAUAA